ACAAGUGCACGACACCGAUAAAUGAUGCCACACGAGCCGGCCGGCCGGAGCACCCAAGAAAGUGUGAGAGCGAAACCGAGAGAGCCGCCGGCAGCCAUGUCCGACACGUCGUCGUCGCCUCCGCCGGAGCAGGUGUUGCUGCUGCCGACUGACCGGUCCUCGUCCUCGUCGUCCUCGGACGACAGCCACGACGGCGACGACGACAGUGACCUCGUCAUCGCAAUCGCAACCCACCGCCAAACCUACGGCGAGGAGGAAGAAGCAGGGCAGCGUCGUCGUGCCGGUCGUGGUCGCAGUCCCAUCAUGGCCAUGCCACCGGCCCCCGCGUUGUUCGCGCCCUGGGUCGUCGUCAGAGGCGGCGGCGUGACGCCGGCGCCGGCGGCGUCCAUCGAGGCUCUGCCCACGGUGGAGGUGUCGGAGCCCGGCGCCGUCUGCGCCAUCUGCAAGGACGACCUCCCGCUCGCGGCCGCCGCGCGGAGGCUCCCCUGCGGCCACCUCUACCACUCCUCCUGCAUCGUGCCGUGGCUCGAGGUGCACAACUCCUGCCCCAUCUGCCGCUGCCGCCUCCCCUCCGAGAACACCGGGCCUGCAGCAGGGGAGGUGCCGCCGGCACCGGCGUCGGAGCAGGACCCGCCGCCCGCCGCUGCUGGCACUGAUCUGCAGGUCCCCGCGCAGGCUGUUAGUGGGGAAGGAGAAGAGACGAUUAUUGUGCCGUCCGUCUGAGUCUGAUUUCUGCAGUCUUCGAUGUUGUGUUGUUAGCUACUACAUGCCUAAAUCUUGUAUGUUGUUGGGAAAUGAGCUUUGGUUUAAUCAUCACUGAGCAAAUGCAUGCGAGGAAACAAUGAAGCGAUG